AUGAAUCAGCUGAAACAUCUACCCGUCAAAUAUAAGAGCUAUAAAAGUUAUGAAUAUGCGAAACAGAUGAUGCAUAAUUAUUCGAAGAUGAAUAUGCUUGUUAUGGAACUGAAAUCUGAAGCACUAAAGGAACGUCAUUGGCGCCAGAUGAUGAAAGAACUACGAGUCAAUUGGAAUUUAUCUGAGCUGACACUCGGCCAGGUCUGGGAUGCUGACCUUCAACGUCACGAACAUGCUAUAAAACAGAUCCUUCUUGUAGCCCAAGGAGAAUUAGCGUUGGAAGAGUUCCUAAAGCAGAUGAAAGAAUUCUGGCAAGCUUACGAAGUGGAACUUGUUAAUUACCAAAAUAAGACUAGACUGAUCAAAGGGUGGGAUGAACUGUUCAACAAGUUGAAAGAACAUCAAAAUUCGUUGGCUGCUAUGAAGUUGUCCCCUUACUAUAAGCAGUUCGAAGAGAAUGCCUUAUCGUGGGAAGAAAAGCUGAACCGCAUUAGUGCCAUGUUCGAUGUAUGGAUUGAUGUGCAACGACGUUGGGUGUAUCUGGAAGGGCUCUUCUCCGGAUCAGCUGAUAUUGCAACGUUGUUGCCAAUAGAGAGUGCUAGAUUCUCGAGGUAAAU